UUGUUCAUCUCUUCGUCUCCCUCAACGUUACUUCAAAAGUUGAAGAAGAAUCAAGAAUACGUGAUAAUGCAAACGUCACGCUGCGCAUCCCUGCGCACAUUAGUAGCUUCUGUAUAUUAGAUUUAAAGCUCCCUCUCUAUCCACACUUGCUUAGCUGUUCGUUUAAAUCCUCUCUGCAACUCUUCAGAGCAAAAGCGAAGUUGAACCGAAACCUCUCUGGAGCUCAAAAUGCUCGGAGAUUGUUGUUUGUUUCCGUUCUUCCGGCGCCGGAAACAUGGAGAAGGUGACGACGAUGCUGAUCUUGAUCCUGUUCUUCUCAUCUCAGGUAUCGGUGGCUCCAUUUUGAAUUCGAAGAACAAGAAGUUUGGGUACGAGAUUAGGGUUUGGGUUCGGAUACUGUUAGCUGAUUUGGAGUUCAAGAAGAAGGUCUGGUCCAUGUAUAAUCCAGAAACAGGUUACACAGAGCUAUUGGAUGACGGGAGUGAACUUGUAGUGCCCGAGGAUGACUACGGACUGUAUGCGAUUGAUAUUUUAGACCCUUCAGUGUGGGCAAAGCUUUUUCAUAUUACAGAUGUAUAUCAGUUUCAUGAUAUGAUUAAUAUGCUUAUUGGAUGUGGGUACAAGAAGGGAAGCACGUUGUUUGGACAUGGUUAUGACUUCCGUCAAAGCAAUAGAAUUGACAAAGCAAUGGAUGGUCUAAAAGCAAAACUUGCUGCAAUCUACAAGACUUCUGGGGGGAGAAAAGUGAAUAUCAUUUCACAUUCGAUGGGUGGAUUGCUUGUGUCAUGUUUCCUGUCACUCCAUAAUGAUGUUUUUGAAAAGUAUGUCAACAAUUGGAUUUGCAUUGGAUGUCCAUUUCAAGGCGCACCAGGAUGCAUCAAUGACGCUCUUUUGACGGGACUGCAGUUUGUCUAUGGCCUUGAAGGCUACUUCUUUGUAUCCAGAUGGACGAUGCAUCAGCUGCUGGUUGAAUGCCCAUCUAUCUAUGAGAUGUUGGCGAAUCCAAAUUUCAAGUGGAAACAGCAACCUCUGAUUCAGGUUUGGAGAAAGCAAUCUGAAGACGAGGAAGAUUCUUCUGUCAAAUUGGAAUCUUACGGCCCUAGAGAAUGUAUUUCUCUGUUUGAAGAAGCAUUGAGGAAUAAUGAGUUGAAUUAUAAUGGAAAGUCAGUAGCUCUACCAUUCAAUUCCAGUAUAUUUAACUGGGCUUCUGUGACAAGGGAAGUUCUUAACAAAGCUCAACUUCCGAGUGGGGUCAACUUCUAUAACAUCUAUGGAACAUCAUUUGACACGCCUUUUGAUGUUUGCUAUGGUUCAAAAACCUCUUCUAUAGGUGACUCGUCUGAAAUAUGCCACUCAAUGCCUGAUUAUUCUUAUGUGGAUGGAGAUGGGACUGUUCCUGCUGAGUCAGCUCAGGCUGAUAGUUUUGCAGCAGUGGAAAGAGUAGGAAUUGCUGCUGAUCACCGAGGGCUGUUACGUGAUAAAACAGUGUUUCAGCUAAUCAAGAAGUGGUUGGGUGUAACCGAAAAGUCGCUCAAUAAUGCAAAGACUUCCAGAGUAAUGGAUGCAUAUUCAGCUGAAGAUGCUUGUUUACACAGAGAAAGUACUAUGUCAACUUGUUUGAAAACGGCUGGGAGUUGACAAGAAUUCACACCAGCAAAGGUUUCCAUGCAGAUAAGAAGUGUUGCCAGUGAAACAGUAUUUGCGGUUGAUAGAGUUUUUGGGAAUCAACCAAAAAUUCUCCCUAGUCCUCCGAAGGUUGCAGAGUGGGAGGAUGAUAACCAUAGUGCAGUUGUUACUUUGGAGCUCGUUGGGCUAGUUAGGUUAGUCAAUGGUCAGUCAUUAUUUGAUUCAUAUACAUGUAUAGACAUCAAAAGCUCCAAUCAAAUCCUCUUUGCCAAAAGAAUCAGUUAUUUCAUUUUUUUUUUUUUGAUGGUGGGGAGGGGAGGAGGGGUUGGUGUUCCUUUGCUUCGCUAGCUUUAGCUCUUCAUUGAGUUCAUCAUCAAUUCGUUCAAGGGGUGGCAGCAUCAGCAGACAUGGUUUACUUGAUUGAGGUGUUUUAUGGUCUCUAAGAGUCCUGAAUGUAUAUAAAUUAUGCCUCCGUAUACUUGAAUAAAAUUUAGUAUGUCCACUUCGGUAGUUCA